GAAUCAGUCCGAGAUAGGAGAGAUUAUGAAAUUGCAUAAAAAAAUUUAGACUUUUUUCUCUGAUAAACUACUUAAAGGUUAAUAUGAUUUAUAGGCAAAGAUCCACCUAUAAAAUAUCCCGUUCCAAUUCCAUUUUAGAGUUAUUUGACGCAUCGAGCGAUCCUUGUCAGUGAUAGAAAAAAUCAAUGAAAUGAAGAUGGCAUAUAGGUGUCCAACAAAAGAGUCUUUAAAAAUGACAUUUUAUAAAUGUAUGCAAAAAAUUAAACGUGUAAGAAAGAGUAAAAGGUUACUACAAUAUAAAGGAUGGGGUUGUUAAGCUUGGACAAUAUUAAGAAAAAGUAAAACUCUUCCACUAUCAAGAAGAAUUGCUGCCAAUUUAUCAACUUUGCAAUGGCCAUCACAAAUAGUUUUUACAGGUACAUAAUGAUGUUAUUCGCUAUAACUAUAGUUGUAUGUGUUGAAAGUCAAUUGAUAACAGAAACAUCUUAUAACGCAAUUGUUUCUAAAGAUGGGACCGGAAAUUUCAAUACAAUUGCUGGAGCAAUAUUGGCGGCCCCUGAUCACAGUGUCAAGCCAUUCUUCAUAAAGAUUAAGAAAGGCACGUAUGAGGAAUAUAUUAGAGUUGAAAAAAAGAAGAUUAAUAUAGUCUUGAUCGGAGAAGGGAUGGAUAAUACGAUAAUAACCGGUAAUAGAAGUUUUGUUGACGGCAACAAAACAUAUGAUACCGCAACCGUUGGUAAGUCCCUCUCUCUCUAUAAAUGCCGAUUCGACGGGUAUCAAGACACUUUAUAUGCGAAAAGGCGACGUCAAUUCUAUCGUGAUUGUGAAAUCUAUGGCACGGUAGAUUUCAUAUGUGGUGAUGCUAUAGCAGUGUUCCAAAACUGCUUGAUUGAAGCUCGCACUCCAAUGGCGAGGCAAUAUAACACAAUCAUAGCGCAACAAAGAGAGCUUGAGUCCUACGAAUCUGGAAUAGUGCUUCAAAAUUGCACGAUAAAAGCUACCCCCGAUUUGAAGAAAUCGAACGUCACGACAUAUUUAGGUCGGCCAUGGGGUACAUUUUCUAGGACUGUGAUAAUGGAAAGCUAUAUCGAUGAUUUAAUAGAUCCUAGAGGAUGGGUUGAGUGGAUUGAAUCAGCAAAUAAAUCCAGUAUUAUUCGUCGACCAUAUUAUUUGGAGUACAAAAAUAGAGGACCAGGUGCCGUCACGAAGGGACGUGUGACAUGGGCAUCCGUAGUAUCCUAAUAUUGCAUCAACUUUUACCGUUAGAAAAUUUAUAAAUGGUGACCGGUGGAUUCCUACCAAUAUCCCUCAUUACCUAGAUUUAUCUUGAAUAACAAUAGGUUGUAUUAUAUUCCUAGUAAUUUAUAAAAAUCGUAGUACUAUGUCUUUUAAGUAA